AUGUUCCGGUCUGGUGACUUUUCUUUUGCAAAUCAGCCCCGUGCUAGGCCUGAGACGAAGGUGGAUAAUGAAGAGCUGGAAGCUGUUGUGGAAGCAGAUACAUCUCAAACUACGUGUGAGUCAGCAGCAAAGCUUAAUGAUUCGAAUCCAUCUGUAUUCGACUAUCUGAAGCAAAUUGGCAAGGUAAAGAAGCUGGACAAGUGGGUACCACACGAACUGAACGAGCAUGAAAUGUCACGUCGUCUUGAAAUUUGCUGUCACAGCAUGAAAGCGAAAAAGUUUCGCAUCGUAUUGUUACGUAGGAUGAAAAAUGGUUUCUUUUCAACAAUAGCAAGCCUUCUGCACAGUGGUUGA